AUGGAAUUGAAAAUUGAAGAUCUAUGAUGACGAUGAGAUUAGUGCCAACUUUAAUGUGCAAACAAAAAUUGCCUUUGUUGCACAUUCCAAGUGGAGGGAUUGACCUGCAAAUCCUGCAGCGGCGGCCGGAGAAGGGGAAAGUUGUGGUGGUGUUGGGGGCUACCGGCGCCGGAAAAUCAAGACUCUCCAUCGACCUCGCCACCCGGUUCCCGGCGGAGGUGGUGAACUCAGAUAAAAUGCAGGUGUACCAGGGAAUGGACAUAGUGACGAACAAGAUCACGGAGGAGGAGCGGUGCGACGUGCCCCACCACCUCCUCGGCGUGAUCGAGCCGACCAAGAAUUUCACGGCGGCGAAUUUUUGCAGCAUGGCGUCGCGCACGAUCAAGUCGAUAGCCGGGCGCGGCCACCUGCCGAUCAUCGCCGGCGGGUCGAACUCGUUCAUCGAGGCGCUGGUGGACGGCGGCGGCGGCGGCGAUUGCCGGUUUUCGUCAAUGUACGAUGUAAUGUUUUUGUGGGUUGACGUGGCGAUGCCGGUGCUGCACGCGUUCGUGUCGGAGCGCGUUGAUCGGAUGGUGGAGCAGGGAAUGAUCGAGGAGGCGAGGGAGAUGUUCAACCCGCGAAAUGCGGACUACUCGAGGGGUUUAAGGAAAGCCAUCGGCGUCGGAGAAUUCCACCGCUAUUUCCGGGCGGAAUCCACGGCCGACGCCGACACACGUGCCAGGCUGCUAGGAGAAGCCAUCGACGCCGUCAAAAUCAACACGUGCCAAUUGGCCCGUCGGCAGUUGGAGAAGAUCAAACGCCUCAGGAACGUGAAGGGGUGGAAGUUGCACCGGGUGGACGCCACGGAAGUGUUCCGGCGGCGCCGCUGCAGCGGCGGCGGCGAAGACGCGGAGGAAUUGUGGGAGAAUCUGGUGGCGGAGCCCAGCGCCACCAUCGUGACAAGAUUCCUUCACAACUUUGGGCCACUGAUUUAUGCCGACGUGACACCCAUUAGACCUGCCGUGAUGGGCAGGGCCAUGGCAGCUGCAACUCACUAGGGAGAGAUUGCAAUUGAUUGCGACUCCCAAGCAUCAAAUACCCCUUAUGAUUUGUUACCAAGAAUAGGAUAAGGUGAGAACCAUGCCCAUAAAAAAAUGUGGACUAAUAUUAGCUGUCGAUAUGGGACGAUCGACGACUCUAAAGUGACG